AUGAAGUACCUCUCACUCCUCCUACUUCCCACCGUUUCGGCCCAAUACUUCAGCUUUGGGAAUUACUUCUCCACGGGACCCGUAGCCACCAACUCUUGGAUCCGGCAAGCUACCACAACCCUCGUUUUGCCGGCUUUGAACAGCCCACACAAUGGAAACCUUGGUUUGUGGCCAGGGAUGGGCACCAAGUUCAACUCUGGAGCGGACGGCCAUCUCGUUCAGGGCCUCGCUAUUUCCACAGUUGGGUUACAUGUUCAUAGUGCUUACUCUUUCACAGACAAGUAUAACGACGCAACCGCCAACUUCGACCAAACAGUGUCUGUAAACGGCGUCAAAGUCUCGACCUUGUCUACCAAGAGUGGAUAUGGCGCAGGUUGGGGCACUGCGAUGGAGUGCCAGCAAGCAAACUGCGGGACGGUUCCGGAGCAUCACUACGUCAAUACGACUCUCAUAAUGAACACGGCGGAUCCGAACUAUAAAAACACAAUAGGGUUGAACGGUGCUUCCGGAAAUUUGGUAACUACAGAUGGAGGAAAGACCUGGACUGUCGCUGAUAUCAAGAUCAACCUGUAUACAUUUACGUAA